AUGGUGCAGACAUAUGUGCCCUGGAAUUUGCACGAGCCCAGCCCGGGGAAAUACAACUGGGAAGGAUACGCGGACCUCACUGGCUUUUUGCAAGUGGCGGCUGAUCUGGGGCUGAAUGUCUUGCUUCGCGCCGGGCCCUACAUCUGUGGCGAGUGGGACUUUGGUGGCUUGCCUUGGUGGCUGGGCUUCCCUGGGGUGGCUGGAGGCGGCAAGCUGCAGCUGCGCUCCACAGAUGCUCGCUUCUUGAGGCUGGCUGAGGGGUGGUGGAACGUGCUCCUGCCCAGAAUAGCGCCCUUCCUCUACAAGAAUGGCGGACCCAUUCUGAUGGUGCAGGUGGAGAAUGAGUACGGCUACUGCGGCAGCGACGCUGGCUACAUCCGGCACCUGUUGCGCAUAGCCAAGGCAGCGCUUGGGGAUGACGUCAUCUUUUACACAACAGAUCCCCCAAGCCUGGCCGAAGCGGGGUCCCUGCCAGGGGAUGAGCUGUACACUGUGGUGGACUUUGGGCCGGCCGCUGAUGCAGCGCAGGCGUUCAAGGCACAGGCGGCCAUGAACGCCCCUGGAAUGUCCCCGCCCUUCUGCAGCGAGUUCUACACUGGGUGGAUCACGCACUUUGGGGAGAAGAUGGCCAACACUAGCGCGGAUGAUUUGGUCGCCUCCCUCAAGACCAUCCUGCGGUACGGCAAUGGCAGCGGCUCUGUCAACUUCUACAUGGCACACGGCGGCUCCAACUGGGGCUUCUGGGCAGGGUCCGGUGGUGAGAAUGGGGUGUUUCUGCCCCAGCUGACAUCAUAUGACUAUGACGCCCCCAUCAGCGAAGCCGGCGGCAGCGGCCAGCCAGGCAUCGGCGGCCCAAACAAGUUCCUGAUGAUUCGCGAGGCGAUCGCGAACCACACCGGCAACGCGCUACCCGAGGAACCGCCGCUGCCGCCGGCGCGCGCGUUCGGGCCGGUGCAUCUUUCAGAGCGGGCCGCUCUGAUGGAGUCACUGCCGCUGCUGGCACCCGGCGACGGCAUCCCUGCCUUUAAGCCGGCUCCCAUGGAAGCCUACGGCCAGCCGCAUGGGGUGAUUGUGUACCGCACGAUUCUGGCUGUGGGGGCGCUGAUUGGAGGGGGCGUGCUGGACCUUGGAGAGCCUGUCCAUGACUAUGCCCAGGUGAUGCUGGAUGGCAAGGUGGUGGCCACGCUUGAGAGGAGCUGCCCGCGGACAGUGCGACUGCCAGAGGUGCUCAUAUUUCUGAGUGAUGUCACCGUGCUAGACAUCGUCGUGCAUGCCAUGGGCCGCAACAGUGGCGGCUGCGACUGGGACCCCAAGGGCAUUGCCUAUCCCAAUAUACAGCUCAAUGGCAAGGUGCUGUAUCACUGGCGUGUGUUCCCCAUUCCCCUGAGCGAGCCUCCCACCCGGGCCCUCAUCAAGAGCACAGACAGCGCCCACGCAUCUGCCAGGAGUCCCAAUGGAGGCCUGCAUGAUGGGCUCCCAAACACAUCGCAGCAUGCAGUUAAAGGGUCCACGGUCAGUUUGGAUAGUGUAGAUGCAGACAGAGGGCUGCACGGGAAGGAGGCUGACAAGGAGUGCAGGGCAUGGCCCACAACGGGCGGCCCUUCUGACGGCCCAGUCAUACUCAGGGGCAAUUUCAGCGUGCAGGAGAGUGACAUCAGCGGGUUGGGCCAUCCGCCGGACACAUGGGCGGACAUGAGGGGGUGGGGCAAGGGGCUGCUGUGGGUGAAUGGCUUCAACCUGGGCUGGUACUGGCCCCUGCUGGGCCCCCAGAUGCGCAUCUAUGUGCCCGGGCCGCUGCUGCGCGCUGGCAGCAAUGAAAUCCUGCUGCUGGAGUUCGCCCAGGUGCCAGAGGAUGCAACAGUGGCUCUUAUGGAGGGUCCAGACUUCUUUGGGCCGAGCAGUGAUAGUGGAGAACUGUUGGAAUCGUCAAGAUAGUAGAGGACUUCGUGCCCUGUCAACUGUGGGCGCUGUGCAUUCUGACGAUGGCAAUAAUCGUAUGGAGAUUGCGUUUUGGUUGAUUCUCAAAUAUUUGGUAUUAGUCAUGGUUGCUUAGCCUGCACAAUUUGCAGGGCCUGUCUGCCGAUCAUUUGCAGCUUGAGGAUGAACAUUGCAAUGACAGACCCAGAUAUAACGCAUUUGAGUGAAUAUUUUAUCGUUGAUGAUUUGUAGGAGUCCAGGCCCAUGACAUUCAAUUUGAUACUUGUUCAGAAUGAAUGGCCCUAGCUAUAGCCCAUCACCAUCAUCAGUCCACCUGAUCCACCUUGCGAGAAACAUGGAAGCUGCUGACAUUGU